AUGCCACGCCCGUUACUUCACCUGCCUUUACUUGGGGUUCAACACCAGGACGCAUCGAAAGGAGCCUUUUGGAGACCCCGGAGCCCUUCGACUCAGUCGCGCUGUUUCCUGCCCGCGUCAUCAGUCAUCCUGGCCCUGAGUUCGUUGGAAGGCGACGGGGUUCUCCAGGCCUUUUUCUACAGUGAUCAUCGAUCCCGCGCUACGUUCGAAUCGUCCGAACCCUUCAACAUUUUCUAUCAGAACGUCGGUGGUGUUAAUAGUUGUUUGAUUGACUACUUGUUGGCGACUUCAUGUUCUUGCUACGACGUCAUUGCCUUCACCGAAACCUGGCUCAACGACCGGACCCUCUCUAGUCAGAUUAUCGGCCCAGAUUACGCAGUGUUCCGUUGCGACCGUAGUCCUCGUAACAGCAAAAAGUCUACUGGUGGUGGAGUGUUACUCGCCGUGAAAUCUACGUUUCCAGCUAAGCCAAUUGAAGACGAUUCCUGGGCCAAUUUAGAACUUGUUUGGAUUCGCAUUGAUUCUGGAGAUCGGAAACUUUAUUUGUGCGUAGUGUACGUGCCCCCUGACCGUUCUGGAGACUUGGCUUUAACUAAAUCUUUUCCGCUCUGCCUCUCUAAAGUAAGCUCGAUUUGCUCUCCGGCAGACGACAUACUCAUCAUCGGCGACUUCAAUCUACCCGGUUUGAAAUGGUGCUCCUCCCCAAGCGGCUUUUUAUUUCCGGAUCCUGCUCGUUCUUCAUUCUCAGCAUCCUCUAAUAUCUUCCUUGACUCCUUGAGCACCGCGACUCUACGACAGAUCAACAAAAUUGAAAAUGAAAACGGCCGUAUGCUUGAUCUCUGCUUCGUGAACGAAGGGAUCAAGAAUCCGACGAUCGAAUCUGCUCCUGCUCCUCUGGUUAAAACUGUCCCGCAUCAUCCAGCCUUAGUGAUUUCACUCGAUAUCAAUAAAAUACUUGGCUCAGAAGAGAAAACUGCGUCUUUCUAUCACGAUUUUAAGAACGUUGACUUCGAAGCCAUAUCCCUCGUCCUGCAAUCCAUUGAUUGGGAGGCUGAGCUCAAUUUUUCUAAUCCCAAUGCAGCUGCCGAGACGUUUGCGAACAUCCUGAACUAUAUCAUCGAUCGACAUGUGCCGAAACGUAGCACGGCUACCAAUCUAUGGACCGCCUGGGUUACUGGAAGUCUUCGUAGACUCAAGACGGCUAAACAGCGCGCACUACGCAACUACAACAAACACAAGGCCCUCUACACUAAGGACAAAUAUCGCAAAUUGAAUUCUGCCUAUAAGAAAGCCAUUAAGCGUUGCUACCAGAAUUAUAUUAAUCGGUUACAACAGAAUUUCAAGAACAGUCCGAAAUCUUAUUGGAAGCACGUGAAAAAUCAGCGGAGAAGUUGCCGAGAAGUUCUCCAGCAUUUUUACAACUGGAUCCAUUUCUCCUGA